GCCCUCUAACUUCUCCUUUCCCGCGAAAAUCUCCCUCUUCUUCAAACUCUCAAUCCACUAUCCCAAAAUCUGGAUUUCCCAAUUCCACUUUCCAUUUUUACAUCCUUCUUUUAUAAUCACAUUUCUCUCACUCCUCCCAAACUUAAUUAUCAUUAAUCAGCUCUUAAAUUAUAUCGAAUACUUCUUUGAUCACCAUGCAAUUAUGAUCAACCGGAUCGUUAUUGAAUCUAUAAUCAACUACAAUGUCGAGGAUAUCCUCCACCUCAGACAAUCUGGAGCCGGAAAAAACCCUAAAUUCAAUCGCCAUCGGUUCACCUUCUUCCGACCGGACCCAAUCGCCGUCCGUUGUGAAGUUAAGGAAGAUUCCUCCCAUACCCGUACGUCAUCGUGUUGACGACGACGGCGAAGAUGCUAAUGAGGAUGAUGAUCGUGAUAGUGGAAGUGAAACAUCGUCUACGAACGAGGCUUCAAUUCUCGGCCUAAACCAUAUAAGGACGCGUUCCGCUCCAUCACCUCUUAGCAUUUGUAAUUCUAUCGUUACUCCAUUGGAUGUUGAUGAAUAUAGGGGUAAAGAUGGAGUCGUCGACAGCCUAGGCUCUAAAUCGGCGACCUCUGUUCAAAAACCUGCUACACAUUCUUCCGAACAAGGUAAAAAAGUCCAAUGGAGUCAGUCGAAACCUUUGAAAGUGCCUUCGCCAUGUAUUUCAAGUGCAGAGGGAAGCCAUGCAACUUUCUCCAAGGAAAUGCAAUCUCCACGUUUUCAGGCUAUACUGCGAGUUACCAGUGGUCGUAGAAGGAGAAUUCCAGACAUCAAGAGCUUCUCUCAUGAACUAAAUUCAAAAGGAGUCCGCCCACUUCCAUUCUGGAAGUCUCGUGCUAUUGGGCGUAUGGAAGAAAUCAUGGUGAUGGUACGAGCAAAAUUUGACAAGUUAAAGGAAGAGGUCAAUGCUGACCUAGGCAUCUUUGCAGGAGAUUUGGUUGGUAUACUCGAGAAGACUUCAGAAUCUCAUCCUGAAUGGAGAGAGAGGUUGGAAGAUUUGUUGAUUACAGCUAGGCGUUGCGCUAAGAUGUCACCAAGUGAAUUCUGGUCAAAGUGUGAAGGCAUUGUUCAGAGUCUAGAUGACCACCGUCAAGAGCUACCUAUGGGAACCCUUAAGCAAGCGCACACCCACCUUCUGUUUAUUCUUACUCGUUGCACUAGACUUGUGCAGUUCCAAAAGGAGAGUGGUUAUGAAGAAGACCACAUUUUGACUUUUCACCAACUUAGUGACCUUGGAUUUUAUCCAGAACGACUUAGUGGGUCCAAAAGCCAGGACAUAAGUGCAACACGAGGUCAAAAGUUUGUCGGACACGAGCAAAGUAAUCUGGCUGUUAAACAAGACCAAAUAAGUGAAGUUGGAGACAUGGACGUUAGCACUGCAAAAAGUGUCGCUUCUGCCGCUGCAAGCUACCGAAUGUCGUCUUGGAAGAAACUUCCUUCUGCAGCUGAAAGAAGCCGUAUGGGCCACGACUCUUUUGAAACAACCCCGUCCAAAGGCAAAACUGAUGGUCUGCAACACAAAGAGGAGAUGGAUAGUUUUGGAAACACUCCAUUAUGCCACCCUGAGCAUUCUGAGGAAACCUCAAAGAUUAAGAAGGUUAAUUGGGGAAUGUGGGAUCAACCUUGCUUGUCAUAUGAAGAUUCAUUUAUUUGCCGAAUAUGUGAAGUUGAGAUACCAACUGUGUACGUAGAACAACAUUCGAGAAUAUGUACAAUUGCUGAUAGAUGUGAUCUAAAGGGCUUGGCAGUAAAUGAACGACUAGAAAGAGUUGUGGAUACUCUUGAAAGAAUACUUGAAUCAUGGACACCGAAGAGCACGGACACAGGGGCAGGAAGUCCUAAUGUAUCAAGAGGGUCUACAUUGAAUAUGCCUGAAGAGUUGAAUGCCUUGUUAGUCAAGCAGAAUGGCCUGUCUCGACGAUGCUCAGAAGACAUGCUAGAUUGUCUUCCUGAGUCCGAUAGUAGAUGCCUUCCGGAAAAUGUCAACAGCUUGACCGACAUAUCUAAGAAACAGUCAUCAGUGGGGUGCUUAACGCCUCGGUCACCUUUAGUGACUCCACGAACUAGCCAGAUCGAACUGAUGCUGAGUGGACGCAGAAUGGUAUCUGAACAUGAAAAUUAUCAGCAGAUAAAUAAGCUAUUGGAUAUUGCUCGAUCAGUUGCCAACGCAAACAACAAUGAUUACAGUACAUUGGAAUACUUGCUUGACCGACUAGAAGACCUAAAAUAUGCAAUUCAGGAAAGGAAAGUGGAUGCUCUUGUUGUUGAGACCUUCGGGAGACGUAUUGAGAAACUAUUGCAGGAGAAAUAUGUAUUACUUUGUGGGCACAUUGAAGAUGAAAAAGUGGAACCAUCCAAUACCACAGGUGAUGAGGACAGUUCAACAGAAGAUGAUACAAGUCGUAGUGUGCGUGCAAGCCCUAUAAACACAGUGUCCAAGGAUCGAACAUCUAUUGAAGAUUUUGAAAUUAUAAAACCAAUCAGCAGGGGAGCUUUUGGGAGAGUUUUCCUGGCCAAGAAAAGGGCAACAGGUGACGUAUUUGCAAUCAAGGUUUUGAAAAAGGCUGACAUGAUACGGAAAAAUGCAGUAGAAAAUAUAUUGGCCGAGAGAGAUAUUUUAAUAUCAGUCCGCAAUCCUUUUGUGGUCCGCUUUUUUUACUCCUUCACAUGCAGGGAUAAUCUUUAUCUGGUCAUGGAGUACCUAAAUGGUGGGGAUCUUUUCUCAUUAUUGAGAAAUUUGGGCUGCUUAGAGGAAGAUAUGGCACGUAUAUACAUUGCAGAACUAGUUCUUGCAUUGGAGUAUCUACAUUCUUUAAAUAUCAUUCACAGAGAUUUGAAGCCAGAUAACUUGUUGAUAGGUCCGAGCGGUCACAUCAAGUUAACAGAUUUUGGGCUUUCAAAGGUUGGUCUCAUCAAUAGCACUGAUGACUUAGCAGGACCAUCAGUGCCAAGUUCUGCCUUUCUUGGGGAAGAUAAACCCAAGAUGGAAGAGCAAUCACUCAAAAGAGAACAGAGGCAAAAGAAUUCAGUUGUUGGCACCCCUGAUUAUCUAGCACCGGAGAUACUUCUCGGCAUGGGACAUGGUGUAACAGCUGAUUGGUGGUCAGUGGGUGUUAUUUUGUUUGAGCUUCUUGUUGGUCUUCCUCCUUUUAAUGCAGAACAUCCUCAGCAAAUUUUUGACAAUAUCAUUAACAGGGACAUACCUUGGCCUAAGAUACCAGAAGAAAUGAGCUUGGAAGCAUAUGACUUGAUUAACAAGUUGCUGAACGAAAACCCAGUUCAAAGGUUAGGUGCAACAGGGGCAGGAGAGGUAAAGCGACAUCUUUUCUUCAGGGAUAUCAACUGGGACACACUUGCAAGGCAAAAGGCUACGUUUGUCCCGUCUGCUGAUGCACAUGACACUAGCUAUUUUAUGAGCCGUUACAUUUGGAAUCCAGAAGAUGAGAAUGUCAAUGGAGGUAGUGAUUUUUAUGAGUUGAGUGAGAGUGGCAGUGCCUCAUGUAGCAGUAGUUCAUACAGCAAUCUACAGGAUGAAGAGGGAGAUGAAUGCGGUAAUCUAGCAGAGUUUGGUACCCCUGCCCUGAAUGUGAACUACUCCUUCAGUAAUUUUUCAUUUAAGAACUUGUCACAGCUGGCUUCUAUUAAUUAUGAUUUAGCCGGAAAGACUCCUAAAGAAUCAGAGGAAGCUGAAAACCCAUCUGUUCCUUGAGAAAAAGAGUUUACUACUUCCGCAGUUACAUGGUGCCUCACUUUGUUUCUAAGUGCCGGCGACAUUUUCCACAAAGAAAUGUGAUGGCAUCAUGUGGAAUAGGCUCUAUCCUCCACCUCAGCUAAGGCCUCCAGAUGAAGAGAUGAUUAUUUGGUUAAAUCCUCUGCCUCCUGCCAAAUUGAGGAUUGUGCAGCAGAUUGUACCGCGUUGACAUUCAGGAGGACCUAAGAGAUGUCAAAUGCUGUGGAGAAUAUGUAGAUGCCACUUAAUUGCACCCUUCUCUUCUCCUCAACCCCUUUUGUCAGGGAUUUUGUAUAUAAGUGGUCUUAAGUAUGUUAAAUUUUGCAGUUUAUCAGUGUUCAGGCCUUCAGGGUAAAUUGGCUAUUGAACCGCUGACUAGGCUUUUGGUUGUCCAAAUAGUAGACAUCUCUCUGGUGUUCCUGAGUUUGUCCGUGUUACUGGGAAGCCCAAGUUUAGAUUCUAAAAAUUGAAUAUCAAAACGCCAUAACCGAAUUCUGGGGAAAGAAAAAAAAAAGGCAUAACCAAAUCAGUUUUGGAGGCCAUCAAAGUUGCUCCUCCCUUGCCAAGAACGUUUUCUUGAUUGAAGCUGGAAGUUCCACUGGAGUUGAAGGGAGCAAUCACUGUAAUUUCCAGAAACUCUUCCAACUAAUAUAGUACUAUCUGAUUCCUGAUUGUCACUGCAGCAAAACACAUUUGCUGAGAUUAGUUAUUUAACAGUUAUUGGUUAGAUACUCA